AAAUGACCCUCACAAGAGCCACAGACCAAGUCACAAUCCUCACAGGAGACCGCGCUAGGUUAAAAGAUCUCCUGCGUCUUCGGCUGAUUGAAUGCGGCUGGACAGAUCAACUGAGACUGAUGUGUCGGGAAGUUGUAAAGGCAGAAGAUGGGAAAGUCAAUGUGGACCAGCUAGUGCAGCAAGUCACACCAAAGGCUCGCUCAAUGAUCCCGGAUACGGUGAAAAAGGAACUGCUGCAGAAGAUUAAGACACUGAUAACGGAGCAGGAGGAAAACUAAGCAUCAACAAUUCCACACUUUCACUUCACACUUCAACCCUCCCCUGGCUACAUGUGAUUUUCUCUAGAGCUCCAAAAUAAAUUAAUUUUUCCCCGAAAA